AUGCAAGAGAUCCGCGCGGAGCUCCGAAAUUUUAUGCGGAUGCCGUUGAUUGUUCCUCUGUGUCUGUCGCCCCGUCACCUGGCCGAUUGUUGCUCCUCUGUGUCUGCCCCCCCGUCGCCUGCCCACCUGCCCUGCCUCUGCCCGUUGUCUGCUCCGCGCAUGCCUCUGUGUGCCGCACCCAAGAUUCCAGGCAAGGCCCGGCCGUUUUUCCACCACUGCUGCUCAGGCAAGACUGUUCUCUCACUGCUGGUACGGACUACCUGGAUCACUGCGAAGGUGUUCGCUCCCGCGGGCGCCCGCCUGCGCGGGUGCGCACUUGCGAUGGCAAGUGCCCGCCUGCGCGGGCGCAUGCGUUUUUUUCUCAUGUAG